AUGAUUGGUAAAGUCGAAAAUCUUGCCGCAAAUAAGCUUCUGCAUGGAUUCAGGUUAAAGAGAUCCUUUGAAGUGGCAGAGUUUCGAUUACUAGUUGCUGAGCUAGAACAUCAGAAGUCGGGUGCAAAAUACUUGCACUUGGCACGAGAUGAUCCCAGCAAAACAUUCAGUGUUCAACUUAGGACUGUUCCUCACGACGAUUCUGGUGUUCCUCAUGUUUUAGAACAUACUGUUCUUUGCGGGUCCCAAAAGUAUCCUUGCCGUGAUCCGUUCAUGAAGAUGGCCCAGAGAAGUCAAGCUACAUUCAUGAAUGCACUUACUGCCAGCGAUUGGACUAUGUACCCUUUCAGCACAAUGAAUGAUACUGAUUUCCAGAAUCUUUUAAAAGUCUAUCUAGAUGCUGUUUUCCGACCUAAAAUCGAAGAGCUUGAUUUUAUGCAAGAAGGAUGGCGUUUAGAACCAGAAAACCUUAAAGAUAUGACAUCGAAUCUGGUUUUGAAGGGCGUAGUCUUCAAUGAAAUGAAGGGUGUAUUUUCUAACUCACUGAAUCGUUUUGCUCAAACUAUCAAAAACAAGUUGUUUCCGCAAACUUACGGUUUUGUUAGUGCAGGGAGUCCAGAACGUAUUCCAACACUAACCUACGAGUAUCUGAAGGAGUUUCACAAUAAGUAUUACCAUCCGAGCAACUCAUGCUUCUAUACUUAUGGCAAUGUAAACCUGGAAUAUUGUCUUGAGUAUCUUGAUUCAGAGUAUCUUCAACAUUACGAUUUUUCAGUUCAAGACAACUCAGUACCAUUAGAAUGUAUAUGGGAUGAACCCAGAUUAGUUCAGUUGACAUGUGAACCAGAUCCAAUGAAUCCCCACCCAGAUCGUGAAUGCUGUGUAUCUCUUAGCUUCCGUUUGGAUGAUAUUUGCGAUGUUUACAAAACUUUUGUGCUUGGAAUAGUUUGUAGUUUGUUACUAGAUGGUGAUAAUGCACCUUUAUAUCGUGGUUUAAUUGAGUCAGGAUAUGGUCUAGACUGGAUCGACAGUGUCAACGGAAUCGAUCGCGAAACUCGCACUACAAGUUUUCAUGUCGGGGUACAAGGUGUUCGCGCAAAUGAUCUGGAAAACUUUCCCCAUAUAAUCAACGAUAUAUUAUCUGAAGUCGUUCGGGACGGUUUUGCAAUAAAAGAUGUUGAGGCUACUCUUCAUCAGUACGAACUGGAAAUUCGUCAUGAGUCGGCUCGUUUUGGUUUAAAUCUAAUCCUGAACCUGUCCAAUGCUGUUAAUCAUGGUGUUGAUUUGAAUGAGUUCCUGAAAAUUGAAGCUAAUGUGGAUCGAUUUCGACAGGAAUGGACCAAAGAUCCGACUAUGCUUCAAAGUUUUGUUCAACAAUUCUUUCUAGAUAACAAACACAAACUGACAACUGUAAUGCGUCCUGAUCCAAACUGGAAGUCCAUAGAAGCCAAGAAGGAUGAAGAAAAUUUGGAUAUUCUGACAAGGAACAUAACACCGUUGGAAAGGGAAAAAUUAACACUGAAGGCUCAUCAACUCCUUGAAAAACAAAAUCAAGAAGAGGAUGUUUCAUGUUUACCGUGCCUCGACAUUUUUGACGUACCUUUGGAAUGCAGACCAGAACCGUUUACACUCACACAAACUUCAGAUUUUCCUGUCCAGUUGAACGAAGCAGCAACUAAUGGUCUAGUUUAUUUCCAUGCUUUGGCUGAUUUGAAGGAUUUGCCUUAUGAACUACUACCUUACGUUCCACUGUUUUGUUCGUUGUUUACCAGAUUGGGAGCGGAUGGAAUGUCUUACUCAGAAAUGAGCCAAGCAAUGGAUCUACAUACAGGUGGUUUCAUUGCUUCUCCUUUUGUUACACCUAAAAUACCAUCUUGUUCAAAAACUGAAUUUUCGUCUGCAUCUCGACAAAUUCAUUUGUCCAGUUAUUGUCUUGAAUCUAAAAUACCUAAUUUCUUUGAACUUUGGUCAAAACUUUUCCGUUCCCCAGAUUGGUCCGAUCAGGAGCGUUUAUCAACUCUGAUUCAAAUGUCAGCUGCAGGUGAAUGGUCAGCUAAUGCAAUUUCAGAUUCAGCCCACCAAUUUGCGAUGUGUCGCGCAGCUGCCAGUCUUUCAUCAACUCGGCUUACUCGUGAACUCUGGUCAGGGAUUGAGCAGGCUAGAAUCAUGCAACAUAUUGCCGGCGAAAUCGGAUUAGAAAGUGACAAACGAAGUGAUGUUCUUUCAAACAUUACUGAACGUAUGAAGGCUAUUUGGAGUUAUAUUACUUCACAUAAAAGACUAAAAUUCAGUCUUCAUGGGGAAGCCGAUGGUUUAAUGUCAGGAUUAAAGCACCUUGAUGGAUUUUUAAAUGACUUAUCACAAUCAUCAAAAGUGUCGACCAGUUUAUUGAUUGAAGACUCUCAAAAUCCAGAUGUUUUUCCAAAUAUUUCUCGGAAUACAUUUUUUGCAAUGCCGUAUACAGUGCACUAUGCUGCUAAGGCUAUUGAAGCUCCAAGCUAUGACUCUGAAGAUUAUGCAAGUUAUCGUGUCUUGGCUCAUUUACUGUCGUUUAAGUACCUACAUCGUGAAAUAAGGGAAAAAGGUGGUGCUUAUGGUGGGGGAGCUGUUGCCAAACCGGAAGCGUUUUUGUUUUACUCCUAUCGUGAUCCUUAUCCUCUCAAAACGCUAAGUAGUUUUGAAAAUGCUAUAAAAUGGGCCAGCUCCAGAGAAUUUCAAGAUCAAGAUAUUAAAGAAGCUAAACUUUCUGUUUUCCAAGAAUUGGACUAUCCUGUUUCAGCGGGUUCCCGCGGUCUAACCCAUUUUUUGAAUGGGAUCAGUGAUGAUUUGAGACAGUCACACAGGAACCAGGUUUUCUCUGUUGACGCAUCAAAAAUAAAGGAUAUCGCUGAAAAAAUUGUACAAAAAUUAUCUGAUACGUCAGAUUAUCAUAAUGUGGGUCAUGUGGUCAUAGGCCCAGAGAGUAGUCCGGAUUGGAUUCAAGAUACUUCCGAACAGGAUUCCAAAAUUAUAUGGGAACGUGUAAUAAUGAUGACUUAGAUCUACUACUACAUUUGUAAUGCAACUCAUUAAUUUAAUUUGGCAUUGUCUUUACAAAACUUAUGUAUGAGAUCACUUUAGAAGAUGACUCAAUUUCAUACAUUGUUCUUGAAGAAAUAUAUCACUAGUUUUCUCUGUCG